AUGCAGGCCGCUGUGAUGGCGCAACCAUCGCCCGCUCCGGCAUAUGGAGCUAUCCCUCUCCGCCGCAAGCCCAUAGCAAACCCCGGAGUCGCAGUCCGACCUACAUCGACGCAGCAAAUGUAUUCUGACGCGCAAAUGGGCCACUCGCGGACGCGAACCACGAGCUCCGGCAUCUUCCCAGUCGCCGCCUCGCCCACCACCACCAUGCACUCGCAGUAUCCCUCACAAUACCAGGGCGGUCUCCGCCGCACGCCCACCUCGUCGACCAGCUCCACCAGCGGCACGCCAAACCGCUCCAACAGUGGCCAGCUCCGCCGCUCGUCGUCGGCGCGCUCUGGCAAUUCCCCUACCUCAUAUGUCGCCAUGAUGCGGAAACAGAAAGCCACCGUCUGGUGCGAUAGGGCCCAGUACGAGGACCCCCGUAUGCUUGCCGCACAGCGCCAGGCAAAGGCGCGCGCCGUGCAGGAGGUCGCUGGCGGAUCACAUCAUGCCCCCCCGCGAAGUGCUUCCGGAAGCUCUGGCGUGGUCGGUGGAGUGAGGUCAAAGAUUGGUCGUCAUCACGGCAUGCCAAAGGCGUCACUCUAUGCCCCGCAGACCUACACUGGUUCCGGAGUGCCCAUGCGCCUAAGUGCAUCCGAAGUAGACGAGGGCGAUGACGAGGACAACAACUCCCAGAACGGCGGAGCACCUUACCAUCAACGUACAGGGUCUGGACGCAGCUCCCUUGGCUCCGCGCGUCGCAUCUCAUACGCAAACCCUGCGGGCCGCAACUCCUCCAACUCGACCCCACCUCAGAACUCGUCACCCGAAGACCUUGGCGAUGUCCAAGAAGAACCAACACCAAACCAGCAGUUCGAUUCCUCAGACGCAUACUUUGGGCACACAAAAACAAACCUCAGCACCGGCAGUGGCAGCAGCGGCGAGCGCAACUUUGGCGAAAUUGGCCAGAUGCCAAUGUCGUUACCAAAGCCAGAGAAGAAGGGCACAGACGAUCUGGUGCGGAGGGGCAGCGUGGACGAGCGGACCACGACCAUGACCAACACGCGUCUUUUCAUCGCGAACCCUGAUCUUAGCGACUAA